AUGGCACCAGCAUUGUUCGAAUCUCUACCCCCUGGGACUGUUUCUGCCAAAGAAUCCGUGUCAAUAUCAUCUAGUCCUCCCAAUACAGAAGCUUUGGCUACAAGAUCCGUGCCUAUAUGCUCCGAUCCGUCCGUUGUUCCAUCAGACAAAGCCUCCAAGCGAACGAGAGACCUUUGGUGGUUGCAUGGCCAUCCUCAUUCGAAACGUUAUUCUGAUCCAAAACUUGUUAGCCUUGGAGCUCUCAUCAGACAUACUGGCCAGGUAUACAAAGGACAAAAGGGGUUUCUGUAUCCUGUCUGUGCAAAGGCCACUACCCCAUAUCAUUCUCUGACCUGGGAUGAGUUCGACGCGGCGACAGAGUCUAUUGCGUUGUCGUAUGCUUCUCAGCUUCACUUAGAGUUUGAAAGGGCAAACGAGAUCCAAAAACAGCCAACGAUAGCCCUGCUUGGGGCUGGGAAGUCUUUCGAGUAUUACUGUACUCAAUUAGCUCUACAGAAGCUUGGGGCGAGAGUACUUCUACUGGCAGAGUCCAAUUCCUUGAGUGCGCUACACCACCUUCUCGAGAGCUGCGAAGCCUUGGCUGUGAUAACAGACUUGAAAAACUCAGGUGUGGACACGAAUGGCCUUCGGAAAUUGCAUAUGAUAGAUGCUAUACCUCAAAAUUCCAAAACGCAGUAUACAGAAGUGGAUGCUGUCAAGUUCCAAGAUGUUGGAGAUGUGUGGGAACGUCACACCUUCAUCAUCCAUUCAUCAGGCUCCACUGGCAUGCCAAAACCGAUUGUGCAUACGAAUAGGAGUAUGAUGCUCAUUGCCAGGAUGUAUCGUUUAUUCCAAGACUUUGAAAUAGAGAACUGGUUUCUCUUAUUUCCCUUAUACCACAUUGCGGGCAUUUCGAUUGCGCUUUCAGGUCUUCCAAAUGGCCAGAUCGUAUCGUUCCCGCCUUUGUUGUCGCCAUAUACUUCCUCGUCAAUAUUUACCGCAUGGAAAACGCUAUCAUCAAUGGGCCAUCCCGUCGAUUGCGUUCACUGUGCUCCCAUAUUGAUCGAAAACAUGUAUGAACAUAUCGUGGAUGGCGGAGGCGACUUUACUCCCUUGGCAUCGCUCAAACUUCUCCAACCUGGCGGAGCCGUCUUAUCAGACAGCAUAAUCCAAGAUCUAAUUGAGCACGGCGUCAAUGUCAAGUCAACUUAUGGCAGUACUGAGAUUGGACCUCCUUUUAGGUCACUCCCCAUGCCAAGCAAUAAAAAGUGUUACUCAUUUCGGAAUCUGUACCCAGACAAUCCGUUCCUCAAAAUGGAGCAAGUUGGAGAAGGGUUGUACGAAUGUGUCGUAUAUAAGGGGUUUGAACUAGCAGCAAAUCUAUGGGAUGGGAAGCCUGAUGAUGAGCCAUUUCGGACCAACGAUUUAUUUGCUCAAGACCCACCUGGAAGUGGCUUUUAUGUUCUUCAAGGUAGGAGAGACGAUUUUCUAGUCCAUUCGAAUGGCGAGAACACUAAUGCUGGGGCACUUCAACUUGAAAUUCAAACAAGUUCGAAAGUUAUCAAAAGUGCAUUAGCUCUUGGCCAUUCACAGCCUUGCGUCAGCCUAUUAAUCGAGGUUCAUGAAGAGUACGAUCCAAGAUCCCCUGCGACAGAGGAGCUCGUCUGGAAGACAGUUGAAAAGGUCAAUGCCGAAUAUCCUACCUACUCACAAAUCAUGCGGCCCAUGAUUUAUAUUCUUCCCAGAGGGAGCACUCUCCCGGUUAGCCCCAAGGGAAACGUAAAACGCAAGGAAGCAGAAAAGCUUUACGCGUCUGAUAUUGCACGACUCUAUGGGGAUAUCACUUCUGCUUCGACCUCAAGCUCGUCAUCCCAGGAAUCCCUCGUGGACUUCCUGCGCAAUCUCUUCGCGAGAUUAUCCGGGGUUCCAGUCACUAACAUCUAUGACUGGACAACUAUCUUCGACUUGGGCAUCGAGUCUCAACUCGCGCUGGACAUCCGUAGCUCUCUAUCCAGACGUCUAGGGAAACCCGUCUCCCUAAACACAAUCUUCGAGAAUCCCUCCAUCUCCAAACUCCUUUCGGUCUUCGAGACCACGACUAGCUCCUCAAAGUCCGAAAGCACACAGAACUCUUCCACCCAAGUUAUCAAUCAGAUGAUUUCGAAGCUGGAAGCAGAAUUCAAGACCUGGGCUCCUCGAUCCUCGACCACCUCUCAUCCUCAUGACGAUGGUGAGAUUAUCCUCUUGACGGGCUCUACGGGGUCCCUGGGAACUUCCUUGCUCGAAACAUUUUCUUCCUCUCGCCAGGUGACCAAGAUAUACGCCAUGGUCCGCGGUCCUGACCACGUUGCUAGAGUGAAGGGUUCCCUGGAAAGGAAAGGAAUGGAUCCUUCUAUUCUGGACGGAGGAAAGAUAGAAGUACUGAACUUUAGCAUGCAAGAUCCACUUCUGGGGCUGGAUAUCGACACAUAUCAUAGAUUAGCAACGAGCGUGACAACGGUGGUGCAGAAUGCGUGGAAGAUGGAUUUUAACAUGGGCGUUGAGGAAUUCGAGGGAGAUUGCAUCAGAAGUACGAUGUCGUUGCUCCGCUUUUGCUACGCAGGAAGACGGAAGAGAAUGGUCUUCAUGAGCAGUAUCAGCACUUGUAUGGGGCCUGGGCAGACAUAUUCCAGUGUUCCUGAAUUGCCUAUUGGAAACGACCCCUCAGUAGCCCAAACCACCGGCUACGCACAAAGUAAAUAUAUCAUCGAAAGAAUAACCCAAACCGCCUCCCAUCCCACAUCACUAAACAUCCCCAUCCUCCUUCUCCGCAUCGGCCAACUCUGCGGCUCCUCCCUAACCGGCAGGUGGAACACGCAAGAAAUGUAUCCCCUCUUACUCGCCACCUCCUUCCACCCUCUCAUGCGAUGUCUCCCCUGUCUCCCGCCACCAUCCCCCAUCUCCUGGCUCCCCGUCAACAUUGCCGCUCACACCAUCACCGAGCUUCUCUUCUCUUCCUCUUCCCCUUCCCCAUCAUCAUCCACCACAGAAGCCGCAUACCGCGUGCACAACAUAACAAAUCCCACACCCAUCCCCUGGACCUCACUGCUCUCGAUCCUGCACGCGCAACUCCCCCCUUCGUUCCCAAUCGCGGACCUGCCGAUCAGAGAGUGGGUGACGAAGUUGCAGAGCUUGGCUGAUGAUGAUGGCGUGGAUGCGAAGCAGGUCCCGGGGUUGAAAUUACUGGGUUUCUUUGAGGGCAUGGUGGAGGGGGAGGGGGAGGGAGGGAGUGUGGUGUUCGAGACGGCGGAGACGAGGAGGUUGAGUAAGUCGUUGAGUGAGUGUGGACCUGUGUGUGAGGAGUGGAUAGCUGGGAGUUUGGAGGCGUGGAGGAGGGAGGGGUUUAUUGUCAUUCCUUAGGUCUUAUUUUUUUCCCCUUUCGCUUUACUUUGCUUUGCAGUCACGAUUUACGAUAUUUCAUAAAUGACGUUUUUCAGAGAAAUUUGGAGAUCUCAAGGCCGUUGUAUAGCGUUUUAUAUUCACGACGAGGAUAUCGCGCAGAAGGUAUACUGCAAU